CCUCCAUGCACUUCCUCUUCUUCCUCCAGCAAGCCGCUCUCGUCUCCCCCCUCUGCUCCCUGUUUUAUGUCAACUUGAACUAUUCGUGCAUUUAAUAUCUAAUGAUACACAUAGAGCACACUCUCUCCCUCUCUCUCUUAUUGUCUCCCCCCCCUCCUCUUUCCCUCUGUUUCUGCUUCCUCUCUUCGCCACCUGUUAGUCAGUCUCCCUCUCCUCUCCGCACUGGAAUCCCCUCUUUUUUUAUGAGGAGUUUCACGCUCGCACUACCAGUGAGCCCUAUGACUGUGCGAAAAGGAAAAACGUUAGCCGUCUCCAUCCAGGAGCACAUGGCCAUCGACGUAUGCCCGGGCCCUAUACGCCCCAUCCGUCAAAUCUCUGCCUACUUCCCUCGCCUUUCGCCCACUUCCUCCUUCUCCGAGCCGCUCUCGCCCAAUCAGGUGGCAGCUCCCACCACGCUCAGCCCUGGCAUCGCAGGCCAAAGUGGGGGGGCGGCUGUCGGACGAGGAGGAGGGAGCAGCAGCCUGUUGUCACCUCUGUUACCAGGUGCGGUGGGCGGAGGGGGCUCACUGUCAGCCAUGAGCAGCAUGGACACCUCCAUCGAGAUCGACAGCUGUGACAGCGAUGAUAACACCUCCUUGGGGACGUUAGAGUUUGAGCUUCUGUACGAGAGAGCGACCAGCUCCUUACACUGCAUGGUCCUAAAAGCAAAGGGUCUGAAGCCGAUGGAUUUCAACGGCUUGGCUGAUCCUUAUGUCAAGCUGCACCUGCUGCCAGGUGCCUGCAAGGCCAAUAAACUGAAAACCAAGACCGUUCGCAACACGCUGAACCCCGUGUGGAACGAGAAGCUCACCUACUGCGGGAUCACCGAGGAAGACAUGUCCCGCAAAACCCUCCGGGUGUCCGUGUGCGACGAAGACAAACUGACACAUAAUGAGUUCAUCGGGGAGUCGCGAGUGGCCCUGCGUCGCGUGAAGCUUGACCAGACCAAACACUUUAACAUCUGCCUGGAGCAUCCACCUCCUCUGCCUUCACCGACUGCCAUGAGCACGGCCCUGAGAGGAAUCUCCUGCUACCUGCGAGAGUGGGAGACCGAGCAGCAGAGAAGUCUAGAGGAGAGAGGCCGUUUGCUGCUCUGCCUGCAGUACUUCCCCCCGGCUAGUGAUGAGGAUGUGAAGGGCGAGGCCAAGGAGAGGGCUCGUGGCGGGCUGUGUGUGGGCGUCAAACGCUGCGCCCACCUGGCAGCCAUGGACGUCAACGGCUUCUCAGACCCCUACGUUAAAACGUACCUCAAGCCAGACGUUCAGAAGAAAUCCAAGCACAAAACAGCGGUGAUAAAGAAGACUCUCAACCCGGAGUUUAAUGAGGAGUUCUUCUAUGAAAUCACCUUCUCAGAGUUAGCCACCAAGACGCUGGAGGUCACAGUGUGGGACUACGACCUGGGAAAGUCCAACGACUUCAUAGGCGGCAUGUCCUUAGGGUGUCACUCACAGGGAGACACUCUGCAGCACUGGAUAGACUGUCUGAAGAACAAGGGCAAGAAGGUGGAGCGCUGGCACACGCUGACCAACGAGCUGCCUGGAUCCACACUGCAGGAAUGAACUCAUCCUCUUCCGCUGCACUGACACCGGAGAGACCGCCUAAAGAGAGACGCUUCAUCGCAUGCUCUGAGGGGUUUUCUGCAUGACUAUGAAGGAUUCAUAUCCGACUUACUUUGUGCCAUAAAUGAGAUCAUAAUUCAUAACAGCAUACUCAAAGGGGGGGGUCACAUCAGAGAUCAAUACUCUAAUUGUGGAUCUAAAUAGAGCUGAUGCUAAUCCACACCGCAGAGCUAUCAUCAGGUGAAUAUUCAUAAUCAUAUUCAUAGGGAUCCAUGUCCCUUUUGUGAAUGUCAUGUCAAUCUAAAUGCUCGUCUGCGCUACUCCACACCGGUCAGAUCUCAAUUAACAAGAGAAAUUGAAAUCCUGCAAGAAAAUAUAAUGAAGGAGAAAGCUGAAUUAUUCUGCGGUUUGACUCUCACGUCAAGGUUCACCUGUUAUUAUUACAUUCGUUAUUUUCACAACUCCACCUUAUGACCAUCCGUUUCAAAGCUCACAUACCUCUCCCCUGCAAUAAUGUUUCAUCAAAUGCUUCCGAAAGACCUCCAAGGUGGUCUUAACACUGCCUGACAUUUUGUAUCUAUCAAUCUGAUCGCCAUUGGAUUGCCUGCAGAAAACAAGAGAGACUAUUGGUUCUUCCAUGUUGAUGGUUCGUGUCAGUUAUUUGCAUGUUUGGUGUUGAUGGAGAAAACUAAAAGACAAAUAUGUGCCAGGCUCUGCUGCAGGAUGUUCAUCAUUGUGUUGCUCCCAAUUCUCCUGAGGUGUGUUGCUCUGAUUAACGGUAUACGAGUAGUUUUAUUUGAAUUUAAUUCAAGGGUAUUUUUUUCAAUGCUGUUCAGUUGUUUGAUGUGUCAACUCUAAUUUCACAGUGUCAGUUUCAUGUUGGUGACACGUCCAUGUUGACCCAAUUUGCUUCACAGUCCGUAAUUUGUAUGGAGGAAAAGAAGGUUGUAAUUAACGGAAAUGUUUCAGAGCAGGUUGGUUUAUGGAGAGCUGUGCAUGGUCAUACUGUGACACACCGUGAAUAAAAUUGUCAGCCUUUUGUUUGAUAUCUAAAUAACAAAUAUGAAUGGUGUAUAGAGCACAGUGUCGUCUGAUAAUGGAUCCAUGGCUGCUGCUUUACUAGAAAGUUGCAGGUUUUAUCUCAUGUGGUUAAAGAGGCAUGCUGAUAUUACCAGUGGUGUUUAUAUGUAAAUAUAAAGUGUUUCACUUGCUUUGGAUGUUUGUCUUUUGGAACUUAAAGUGCGCAUGAUUGUUUCUUUUUUCAUAAAACAUUCAUAUUGAUUAAUUGUAUGCAUCCCUGAAUUUCUAUUAUAUUUGUUCCAAAGUGGCCUCUUUGAAUCUCUAAUGUUGACAUGCAGCUCACCGACGAUUCAAUAAAGCCAACACUGCCAUCCAG